UAUUCUUUCUGCACUAUGUCAUUUUCAUAACAAAUAGGUUACCAACAUUAGACGGUCAUCGACAGUUGGCUAGCUAACAUUAGCCUGUUUAUGCUACCGACAGCUAACUGUUUCGUUUGGCUAGCCAGGGCUACCUGGAAAACGUAACUUAGAAGUCGAGUUAGAUUGCUUGUUUACUACCAGGCUAUGUUGUUAACUGUAGAUGGCUCGCGGUUGUGACUUAUAAUGUUAUUUCAUAUGUAGAUCAAUCGCCCGCAUUCUCGUACUGAGCAAAGUUGAUAAUGUAACGUUAACAUUAGCUAACGUUACCAUAAGACUGUUCGGAUAUGUUUCUCUGCUGACUAGCUAGUGAGUGCAAUAUUUUAAGAAUCAGGAAACCUAACACAAGUUUUCCAUACAUCGAACAUUAUCUAGCCAGUUUAGUUUCCAACCAUUUACAUUGUCGCCCAGCUAGCUAUAUAACCAGUGACGUCUUAUCUGUAUGGUUCUCUCGAUAUUCGCUAGCCAACUAGCUGGGGAACCUAUCGUUACGUGAAGUUCGACCCAAUUCAAAACAUUGUUGGAUUAUAGCAAUGUUUGUAACUUGCAUUAGUUAUCUUGUCAGUCCUUGAAGCUAGGUAGGCAACGAGAAAGGCAAACGGCAUUUACUUAAAUUAUCUUUAUAAAGACACGCAGGCAGUAAGUGGGAAAGAAGCACCUUUAGCGAACUUACUUCGCAAACUUGGAGGCGUAACGUCAACAUUUGCACGAGCACGGAGUUACCUCCUGUAAUGUACUUAUGCUGUCGGAUUUACUAUGUUACCUCAAGUUUCUCAGUCAGGUGUCGAUAUACGUAAAGCUAACUAGCUAGCAAAACGAACUUAAAUUGAAUCAAUCAAUUCAUGCAUUCCUCUACGUUUUGAAGCUGCCAAGAACGCGAUUGUAGGUAACGUUAGCCUUUAGCUUACAAAUGAGCUAUAACCUUACAGUUAACCGUCAAGCAAAUCUCUUCGUCAGCUAGCUUUGCAAAUCGGGUACAUGGUGUUUCUAAUAACCGAGACGCUCUCAUGGUUCUUUAUAUUUAACGUUACAAGUAUCGACACUACACCUGAAAGCAAGAGAGGAUUACCACGGAAGGGAAUAGCAGUUCAUGGAAGACAAUAAUAUCAAGACAGAAGAAAAUAAAAUAUGGGAAGGUUCCCAGGAGGGCACAGAGCAGGAAAAUAAAGAUUCAAGCCAGCCUAUAUCCACAGAGACAGCUAGCCCGGAGACUCACCCAGGUCCCCCUGCGCCUGUGGCCCCCUGUCCUGUCCCCGCGGCUUCGAGUGGCCCCCCUUCGGGUGGGAACAAUGCAAAGCGGGCAGUUGUGGCCAACGGACAGCCCCCCGCCGCAUCCAGUCCGCCACAGCGCUACAUGCCCCGUGAAGUGCCCCCACGAUUCCGUUGCCAGCAGGACCACAAAGUGCUCCUGAAGAGGGGCCAGCCUCCACUCUCCUGCAUGCUUCUCGGAGGAGGUAACGGUGGGGAAAGCACGCCCCCCCUCUCUCAUGGAGAUAACCCCGAAUCAAGCACAGCUGGAGCCUCAGAUUCUGGCUUAGGGGCAUCUCUCUCCCCGUCAUCCACCUCAGCGGCCACUGCUUCUGAAGCUUCCAGUUAUGCAAAUUCAACUGUGGGGGAGGGCUCUGGCAGCCAACCCUCCUCUCUGGACUUGGACAAGGUGAUCAUGGAUGGUACUAAGCUGGAAGAGUGGCCCAGUGUUUUGGAGGCUGGCCUGGGUGUAAGAGAGACAGAGAAUGAUGGAGCCCAGAACAGUAGUGCCUCUUGGAGUGAUGGGUGCCAGCCGCAGCCGCCGCCACUGCUGCAGGUGACAUUAGGAUCAGAGGCCGUCGAAGGAAAAGGUAGUCGGCCCAGUAGUCCCUUGUCUGCAUCAUCGCCCAGCGAAUGUCCUCAGUCCGGUGGGAUAUGGGUCUCCUCUACUCAGGCUGAAAUUGGGGAAUUAGUCGGAGAUACAGCACAGUCCUCCAUGUCCAAAGGCUCCCCUCCUCCUGAAAAUCAAGAAAGUUUACUUGGCAUCAGUAGCGAGGUGUCUGGUGCCAACUUCAAUCCAAAUUGCAAUUCUUCAGCCUGGCCUGCCUUGACGCAGGAUGAGACCGAGAGGGCUAUUGCUGCUACCAUAGAGAAGAAAGCGCCCUUAUCUCAAAGUUCAGUUUCCUCCAUGUCAGACAAUGUCCCCAUCGCUUCCCCUCCCAACUCUGCAAAUCUGGCGAACCAAGAGCUUCAGGCACAGGAAUUACGCUCUGUAGACGGCGAGCACAUGCUUAGCCAGUGGGAUAAUCAGGGGUCAGAGGUUAAAACAGGACCAAAAAAAGGAGACGACGACAUGGACUCCAGGAUUCCAGGGGGCGUGGGAAACCUCUCCUCAUCAUUCUCUGCUGCGUCGUCGUCCCCCUCUUGGAAAAGCCCGCCUCUGCCAUCGUCUAACUCCAACACAGGUGCCUCCAGGGCUGACUCAUGGGACACAGGGAUGGAGGGGGGGGGUGUGUGGGCCACGGAGAGCCCCACUGAUAAAAAGGGAGGACAGGUGAGUGGCAACGGGUGGGGGGUGCUGGGAAACGAGGACAGCUGUAUGACCCACAGGGUCUCUCAGGGAGCGCGGGACGGGGAGGGGGAGGGGGGUGACGUGGCCGCGGACACAGACGCACUCGAAACUGCACGGCGUCCCUGCAGCUCGGCAGCAGACAGCGGCGGCGGGGACGGGAGCGGCAGCAACAGUGGAGGCGGCAGCAUCGGUGGAGGUGACGGCUUCUCGCAGGGCUCGCAGGGAUCUCCGACCUUUGCAGCCGAGGAGAAAGCCGAGGAUAAUCAGAAAGGGGAUGGAUCAGCAGGGGUGUUUACAGGUCAAGAGGAAAGCAGAGGGGACAGCAGCUGCAUGUCCAGCACUCAGCACCACGACCAUGACCAGGCCCAGGUCCCCUCUGGGCACCAGACCCCCGAACCUGCGGUGGCCUUAAGGAACAUGCUUGGACGGGGAGACUUGGACCCCAGAGUUCUGUGCAACACCGGCUGGGGGCAGACCCAGAUUCAUCAGAAUGUGGCCUGGGACGUGGAAGUAGAGGACAGAGGCGCCCGAAGAAGCUCUUCUGUUUCUACUUCGUCCUUCAACCGUACUGGCCGUGCCGCCGCGUACCCCGGCAGCACCAGUGCAGGCGAUCCUGACCCAGUGACUGCUUCGCAGAGGUGUGGCUCGGCACAUCCAAAAGAGGGCUGGCACGACGUUAACACUUCACUGGCGUCGCGAGGCCCCCCAUCACAAGACUCCGCUGUUCCGAAAGCCGCAGCGGUCACGGAAGGCGGCCACGGAAAAGCGACCAGGGGCCUGAGCAGAGGUGACGCUGGGGUAAGCCAGGGAAAAGGAUGGGGCAAGGAGGAGCCAGAAUGGAGGGAGUCUAAAAGGGAUGAAAGAGAUGGAGAGCGUGCGGAAUGGGGAACAUUUGGAGAACAGGGUACCUCAUCCGGCAGGAAAGGCAGUGGCUGGGGAGACGGACAGGAAGAGAAAGGGACUGGUGGGUGGAAGGAACCCUCCACGGGCACCGGGGACUGGAGACAGAAUCAGUCUGCUGCCGUCAACAGCUCAUGGAAGGACGGCAAGGGAAGUGGUGCAGAUGAGGGAUCUUGGUCCAACUGGGACGACGGAAGGCCAAAGAAAAGCUGGGUGGGAGGGGGAGGGGGAGGUGGAGGUGGAGGUGGAGAUGUCGGCGUCAAAGCUUAUCAAGGCUGGGGUGCGAAGCCAGUAACAACCAGCCAGCCACCCACACUGAAAGGCCCAAAUCAGCAGCAACAAUCACCGGCUCCACAGCCGCUUCACUCGGACACGAGGGCCUUGCAAGAGGGCAGGGGAAGACCUGGCGGCGCCCCGCCCGCUCCCGCUCCCGCUCCCAACCAGAACCAGAACCAGAGCUCUGGCUGGACAUCUGGUCCCAUCCCGCAGGUGGCCUCCUCGUCAGAGUCCAGUGGCUGGGAGGAGCCCUCUCCUCAGUCAAUCAGCCGCAAGAUGGACAUUGACGAUGGGACGUCUGCCUGGGGUGACCCGAUCGGUUACAAAAGCAAAAAUGUCAAUCUGUGGGACAAGAACGGCAAACCGGAUCAGCAGCAGCAACAGCAGCAACAGCAGCAGCAGCAGCAGCAGCAGCAGAAGGCCCUUGGCAGGCAGACGGGACCCCCCAUGAACCGGGAUUCAAAUAUGGGUAAAGCACCCCCCAUGUGGGGCGCUGUAGGCAGGCCUCCUCCAGACCACUCUGUGGACAAUGGGACAGGAGCCUGGGGGAAAGGCCCAGAGGCCUCCAGUGGUUGGGGUGAACCAGACGACCCUGGAAAAGGCAGUGGAUGGAGCAGCCGCUCUCCCAAUCCAAUAAAGUCCGGGUCAAAGACUACGCCAGAGGGCUGGGGUGAGAUGGAGAGCUCGAUGGGCACAUCUCGCCACGCCAGCUGGGAGGAUGAGGAGGAAGGCUCGAACAUGUGGAACAGCACAGGAUCUCAAGGAAACAGCUCCUCCUACAGCUCUGUUGGCUGGAGCCACGGAAGCAAAAGGGGCAACAAUAAGGGUGGAAUGAAGGGUGGCGAAUCGUGGAUGAAUCCUGUGAAUAGGCAGUUCUCAAAUAUGGGCAUCUUGGAUGAUGAUCCAAGUGUUCAUCAGGACAAAAGGAUGGAAGGCGACAAGAGGGGGAUGAGCGACUACAACGGAGAGAUGCGGAAAGGAAGAGGCGGCGGCGGGUUCCGACCACCAGCCUCAAAGGAGGUCGGAGCUGGAGAGGCCGGGCCGUACUUUGACAAGAUGGGAGGCCAUGGCGUGUACGGUGGCAGCGGGGGCGUGGCUCAGCACAGAGGAAUGCACCCCAUGAACCCCGCCCAGGGGAUCCGUGCACAAGUGCCUCCUCAGUUCUUGUCCCCUCAGGUUCAAGGCUCCAUGCUGAAGCAGAUGCCCCCGCCCACUGGUAACCUGGUCGGGGGGAUCGGGGGGGUGCCAGGAGGAGUGUUUCCUCCCCAGCUCUCACCCCAGCACCUGGCUAUGCUGAGUGGCAUCCAUCCUCAUAUGCAGCAGAUCCUGGCUUGCCAGUUGCUUCUGCAGCAACAGCAGCAACAGCAGCAGCAACAGCAGCAGCAGCAACAGCUUCUCCAGAACCAGAGGAAGUUCCCACAGCCCAUGCGCCACCAGCCAGACCCACAGCAGCUGGCAAGAAUCAUGGCCGUUCUCCAGCAGCAGAGGCAGCAGCAGCAGGGAGUUGGAGGAGUCGGGACGGUGGGUUCCAAACUGUCUCCCUCCCACCUGGCAGGGGCACCCCCCAAACACCCAAUGGCCGAGCACCUCCAGCACCCGGGGUUGGGUGCUACGCUGGCUGAACUUCAAGCCAAAACCCAGGGGGGAUACCCAGGAUAUGGCUCUGUGGCUGGCAACCUGUCGGGGCUGGAGCUAGGGGCGAUGGUGGGGGCGCCGGGCGCCGUGAAGGACUCCGUGGGGCCGCAGUCUCGCUUCAAGUGGAUGAUGGAGGGGCACUCCACCGCCCCCUCACCCCCUGACCAAGCUCUCCACAAGAACGGACCCUUGCCCACCCCAGGCAAACUCAUGGGCAGCACCCCUUAUGCUCAGUACGACCUGCUUGGAGGGGAUGGUUCUGGCAUGACUUCUCAAGUUCUCUCAGACAACUGGCAAAGGACUCCGGGCAUGGGUCAGGGUCCCAUCAUUGGUACAUCGAGCUGGCCCCCUGAGUUCCAGCCCGGAGUGCCCUGGAAGGGGAUCCAGAGUGCGGACCCAGAGUCUGACCCCUACGUGACCCCGGGAGGUGUGCUCACCCCCCACGAUCCGCCUAAUCUCAGUGACACGGACCAUCAGUUACUGCGAGAUAACACAGGCUCAAACCCCGCCCUCAACACCCUGCUGCCUUCACCCGGUGCCUGGCCGUACAGUGCCUCAGGAAGUCCCCUCACCAAUGCACACAGCUCAGCAAAGUACUCGGAGUACAAAUCCAGCUGGCCCCCUGAACCAAUCGGACAUAGUAAAUCCUGGAAAACCAAUCGCAACAGCUCUCAGCCUUCACGCCCACCUCCCGGACUCACCAAUCAGAAGCAGAGCAUGGCAUCACCUUGGCCCACUGGAGGCCCACGGGCAGCCCGAGGCUGGGGCGGAGGGGGCAGCCAAGAGGCCAGAUUUGAGUCAGACUCUGCGUGGAGCGAUGGCACAGCCCCCAGAGGAAGCUGCUGGCUGCUGCUAAGCAACCUUACCCCCCAGAUCGACGGCUCCACUCUGCGGACUAUCUGCAUGCAGCACGGCCCUCUGCUGACCUUUCACCUGGGUCUGACCCAAGGCAGCGCUCUGAUUCGCUACAGCACCCCGCAGGAAGCAGCCAAGGCUCAGUGUGCCCUGCACAUGUGUGUUUUGGGCAACACCACCAUACUGGCUGAGUUUGUGAGCGAGGAGGAUGUGGCUCGAUACUUCGCACAUUCCCAGGCUGCAGCCGGUGGGGCUGGUGGCAGUGGUGGGGCAGGAGGCAUUGGGGUAGCCCCAGGCUCCGCAGGGCCAGGCACAGCAGGGGCCAGCAGUGGUGGGGGUGGUGGUGGUGGCGGUGGCGGCGGAGCCCGAAAGGGCGACCGAGAGCGAGCCCGAGGAGGGACACUGCCAGGCGGGAGCAGCAAUGGCGCCGAGGCAGGGGCUGUGGGCAGUGCGGGGCCCUCCAACACAGGCUGGCAGAGCCUGGACGUCACUGGUGCCCCUCUGGACGCCUCCUCGCCACAGGGAUCCGGGCUGGGAAUCUUCUCCCAGUGGAGCACCAACGGGGCUGGGGAAGGGGAGGGAGACGGAGUGGGGAUGGGGGGAGGGACUGGGGUGGUGGUGGAGCCGGGGCGUGGUGGCCUCUGGGGUGGCAUGACCCCAGGGUACCCCAGCAGUAGCGGCGGCAGCAGCCUCUGGGGCGUCCCCCAAAUGGAGGACAGACACCAAAUCAGCAGCCCUGGUGCUCUGUUACCAGGCGACCUGCUGGGGGGGGGGACUGAUGCCAUCUGACCACCAUGAGCUCACGAGACACUCACACACACACACACACACACACACUCACACACUCACUCACACAAGGACACAGCUUAUACACUGGCUGAAACUCACUCACAUGCACUUGCACGCACAGACACACACACACACACACACACACACACACACACACACACGCUGCAUACAAACACAAACACACUGCACGUGGAUACACACAUGAACACAUACACCGUUAGGAAUUUCAACGUACACUGGAAGAAUAGAUGUGCAUACACUAGGGAUAGCCACAAACAAAAACACUGACACAAAAUGUACUUACUCAUCCAGUGGCAGAAUUCAACAGAGAAAAAUAAAAUGUUUGUACGCAUUUUCCUGUAAUGUAACUGAAUGCAGGGACUGUUCUAGAAAAAGUACAAGGCCUUCUUUCACAAAUGAAGAUUUCAACUGCUUAGACUUGAACAUUUGAAAAGUCCAAGUCCGUGAGCCUGAGGCACUUAACGGAACUUGAUCCUAUUCAGCUGGAGACUUAUUUGAGUUAUACAUGCACAUCCAAAUCCAGAAAAGCCUUGAAAACAGAUAGUCAUUGUAACAGUGUUACGAACAUCAUAUGUGAUGUAGGGCAACAUGCAAUUUCUUUCUUUUUUAAAGUCCCUUCUGGACACUGAAUCAAAACACAUGCAAAUACACUGCUCAGAUCCAUAGUAGAAAACCAUGUGUUAUUGUGAUUGUCAGUUCAUGUUUAUGUUGCUUCAUUUUGAGCGGUGAAACACCCAGUAUUGUCAUUGCUCCGGUCAAACCCCAACCUCCUACUGUCUUUAUUUCCUCUCUUGUCAAUGGUCAUCUUAGUGGUUGUCAUUAUCAUUAUUAAUAUAAUAAUUCUUUUGACUAUUAUUAUUUUGUUUGGCUGUUUGAGGCAUUUUCUGUAGGUGGCCAGGUACUGUGUCGAGGACACUGCGUUGUGAAUGUGUGCGAGUGAGACCAAAUGCAUAGACUGUGUCUGUGUAUGCGUGCAUGGGAGUGAGACUUUUUUUCUAAUGUGUGUUUGCGCAAAAACAUCACUCUUUCGUCUCCUUGAAUGUUUGUUUGUGAAGCUGCUUUACAGAACGUCUGUAUCGGUCAGUGUGCUCUGUACGCUACGUGCUGGUUGUGUGCUCAUGAACAUUGGCACUAAUAUUGUUGUUUUUCAUUUUAAAGUGUUUUUUAGGGUACUCUGUGUAGUCUUUUUUAUUGGCCGACCUGCAAUAAUGAUUGAGAGAACCUUUUUUUCAGAAUCACCCGUCAGAAGGCAUAUGCAUCUCGAAAGACCAUGCCAAAUCUUACUAGACUGAGCAGCGCAGCAAAGAUAUUUACAGACGCCUAAGAACUGUUGUAAUAUUUGUGUGUGUUAUGUUGUUGUUUAUCGUUUUAAGUUAAGAGACUUUUAACACUCCUUUCAGUGUUUUGAUUUGAGAUUUUACAAAGAGAAACUUUAUUUAAGAAAAAAAGAUUUAAGAGGUAUAAUAAAUAUGAAAGUAUUGGCUAUCA